CACCAUCAAGGCCACCUUCCAUCAUCCAAACUUCACGCACCUAGACCACAAACAUCAAAGACAAGCAAGCAGUAGUAAAUAGAAAUCCAACAUGAAGACCCUCCUCAUCUUUGUCCUCCUUGGCAUGGUGAUGAACAUCGCCACUGCCGCUAGGCAGCUAAACCCUAGCAACAAAGAGUUACAGUCACCCCAACAAUCAUUUUUCCAUCAACAACAACCAUUUCCAACACAACAAUCAUAUCCGCAGCAGCCAUAUCCACAACAACUAUCCAUCCACCACAUCACAACCAUCUCUCAGCAACAACCAUUUCACCAGCCCCAACAACCAUUCCCUCACCAACCCCAACAACAACGCUUUCCCCAGCCCACCAACAGUUCCCUCACCACAACAACCACUCCACCAACCACAACCAAUUCCCAGCAACCACAACAACUCAAGCUGGAAGCAAUAAGGACAGGCGUGUGGCAGCCGGUAGGAGCGACGUGGAUUGAACCAACCCCGGGUUUCAAGAUGAAGGUCAACGUGGACGCCGCAUUGUCCAACAACUCAUGUUUGGUGAGCAGUCGCCCCAAUGGCAUCCAGGGUGCAACGAUGCAUGGGCACAUCGAUCAUCCAGGAAAUUAA